GAGGGUUAUAUGUACAGCCAGUUUUAUAAACAAAUAUACAUUGUUCUAAAUACUCUUUUUCAUGCUUAUCAGACGUUUUAAUGUUUAUGUGGUGAAAUUAGGUCGACAUUUUAAUUCUUGUGUUUAACAAUAUGUACCAGUACCGUCCUGUAAAACAAAUGCUUUAAAAUCCUGCUGAAAGGUUAACUUGAAGUGAAGUUGGUUUCAGCAUAAACAGAUCAGCAUCUUGAAACAUAACCAUGAGUGAAGCAUUACUGCUAUGCAUAGCUCUGAUCGACUCAGCAAUUCUGUUGUUUUUAUCAGUAUAUUUUAUCAUAACAUUAUCUGAUUUGGAAUGUGAUUUUUUGAAUUCCUCCACUUGUUGUGCCAAGUUAAAUCGUUGGGUUCUGCCAGAAGUCAUUGCUGCUUGUUUUUGUCCUUUAGUCACCAUAUUUGCAGGGCACUGGAUCUUGUUCAUAGUAAACCUACCUUUUCCAAUAUAUUUAGUAAAUCGGUACUUAAAGGUUUCUGCCGGUAACAUUGGUGUUUUCGAUCCAACCGAAAUACAUAAUCGUGGUUUACUGAAAGGUCACAUGAAGGAAACUAUGGUUAAACUUGGAUAUUAUGUGGUGUUCUUUUUUAUCUACUUGUACAGUUUUGUUUACGUGCUCGUUUCUGGUGGAUCUUCUUCCUGACCAGACUCUCCUACAUUGUUUUUGUGGAUCUUCUUCCUGACCAGACUCUCCUACAUUGUUUUUGGAGUUGUUUUACUUCUGAUGUUUCAAUGGAGCAUAAUUAUAUUUUAUAGCAAUGCAAUAAUGAGUUUGCCUAUAGAACAAAUAGUGUCUUAAUCAAAGAUGGUGGUAUUUUACUGGGGUUGUGCAUAUGCAGAAUAAACUACCAUGAAAAUA